UAUGGCACGCAUUAUCAAUAUUAAAUCAGCCGCUAUUUGGUGAUAUAUAUGUACUUUUAAUUUGAAGGUUGCACCAGGAAUGUUUGGACUUUGUCACGUGACCCGUUUACUUUUAACCAAUCUCCUUUUAACGCCACAUUUUAGACCUAAAACACUCAGCAGAUUUCCUUUGUCACUGUUUCAGGACAAUAAACUCCAGGAUGGCAAAUGAAAACAAGCCAUGUCCCUGCGAUAUUGGUGAUCGGAUGGAGUAUGGAGGACUUGGCCAGGAGGUCCAGAUAGAGCACACAAAAGCAUAUGUAGUGAAGCCCUCCGCUGCAUCUGACAAAGCUGUUAUUGUCAUUCAUGACAUCUAUGGAUGGCAGCUCCCCAACACUAGAUACAUGGCGGAUAUGCUGGCUGCCAACGGAUACAUUGCUGUUUGCCCAGACUUCUACACUGGGAAAGAACCAUGGAGCCCAAGUCAUGACUGGUCCAAAUUUCAGGAGUGGCUCGAAGACAAAAAACCAACAAAUAUCAACAAAGAGGUGGAUGCAGUGCUGAGGUUCCUCAAGGAGCAGUGCAAAGCCAAACACUUUGGAAUAGUGGGCUUUUGCUGGGGAGGGGCUGCCACACAUUACUUGACCUUACAAAACCCAGAGUUUAAGGCUGGAGUGUCUCUUUAUGGAAUAAUUCGUGACGGCGAGGACAGAUAUGAGCUGAAGGGCCCAACACUAUUCAUCUUUGCAGAGAAUGAUCCGAUUGUUCCUUUAGAGCAGGUUGCAGUCCUCGAAGCUAAGCUGAAGGAGAAGUGCACUGUGCAAUACCAGGUGAAAAUAUUUCCUGGUCAGACUCAUGGCUUCGUCCACCGCAAGAGUGAGGACAUCAACCCUGCUGACAAACCCUUCAUCCAGGAGGCCAGAACAGACAUGCUCAACUGGCUCAACAAAUACAUGUAAAUAAGGUGGUUUAAGAAGUAGCAAAGUUUAAUAUACUGGCACAUUGAACCUGGAGAAACAAAAGUGCCUUACAUAACUGGUCAAAACUGUAUGGACCAAAGGAUUAAAAUGUGCAGUUUAGUAGGCGGUUGUGGUGGGUGGAAGCUUUAAUAAUAUUGUAAUGAAUUGGUUGACAUUCCACAGCCUUUGUUUCAUUUUGUAAUUGUGGGCAAGUGCAGCAAAUGUUUUUGAGGAAUUGUCAUUGCCUGUGAAAUGUGAAUUCAGUUUGUUCAGUAUUACUCAUUUUUACCCAGAGUGGACUGUGGAUGCAGUCAAGCAGCUGCUUUGGUAAUCUAAGACCAUAAAUCUUGAAUGACAAAAUGCAAUAAAUUUAUGUGCAACUGAAAAAUCUGA